AUGUAUUUCUCCCAAUGUUUAUUAGUUGAAUUACAAGAAUCUGGUUCAGACUAUGUUAUUAUGGAGAAUUUCAACCAAAAUAUCUUGGAGGGUCAUUUGUCUAUACUAAAUUGUUUUCAAAAAUUUGGUUUUCAACAACUUGUUCAUCAUUACACUACUGAAGGUCCAGAUAUUGGUCUUACUGGUUCAAAAGGAGAAGUUGAUGCAAAAGGUGAUAAAGGAGAAAUUGAUGUAAAAGGUGAUAAAGGAGAAGUUGAUGUAAAAGGUGAUAAAGGAGAAAUUGAUGCGAAAGGUGAUAAAGGGGAAGUUGAUGUAAAAGGUGAUAAAGGAGAAGUUGAUGUAAAAGGUGAUAAAGGAGAAAUUGAUGCGAAAGGUGAUAAAGGAGAAGUUGAUGUAAAAGGUGAUAAAGGAGAAGUUGAUGUAAAAGGUGAUAAAGGAGAAGUUGAUGUAAAAGGUGAUAAAGGAGAAGUUGAUGUAAAAGGUGAUAAAGGAGAAGUUGAUGCAAAAGGUGAUAAAGGAGAAGUUGAUGCAAAAGGUUAUAAAGGAGAAGUUGAUGCAAAAGGUGAUAAAGGAGAAGAUGAUGUAAAAGGUGAUAAAGGAGAAGUUGAUGCAAAAGGUGAUAAAGGAGAAGUUGAUGUAAAAGGUGAUAAAGGAGAAGUUGAUGCAAAAGGUGAUAAAGGAGAAGUUGAUGUAAAAGGUGAUAAAGGAGAGGUUGAUGUAAAAGUUGAUAAAGGAGAGGUUGAUGUAAAAGGUGAUAAAGGAGAAAUUGAUGCAAAAGGUGAUAAAGGAGAAGUUGAUGUAAAAGGUGAAAAAGGAGAAGUUGAUGUAAAAGGUGAUAAAGGAGAAGUUGAUGUAAAAGGUGAUAAAGGAGAAGUUGACGUAAAAGGUGAUUAA